UGUUUUGUAAGUCGGCUUCCGAUUUGAGAAGCAAGAGAGAUGUAAUCGCUAACUUUAUUCUCGACAUGUGUCUCCAUCUGUAUGGCCGACACAUACGCGUUCUCUUCAUUUACGAACAGAAAUUCCUUGAUGUUGAUGGCGUCAGAGCUCUUCUCAGGGCGUGUCCAAACCUGGAGAAGCUGUGUAUCCACCAAUGUGCCAAUAUCCACCUUAGCCACGUCAAGCCCAUCUUGGAACAUGUUGUCGAGUUCAACGAGAUCCGAUAUGAGAAUGGCUCCAACCUGCCGGGCCUGGAGGUCGAUAUCUCGCCUCGAUACCAUAUUGGUACUCCCGAGGAUGGAUCGUACGGCGUCUUCUGGCAAGAUCAAGGGCAGGUCGACAGCCUUGGUGGUAUUGUCGCUCACUCAUGGGUCUAAUCCCGUAUGCUAAGGAGCACAGCAUCGACCUGAUUUCUCGUGGAAAGGGCUUCCGACUCUGGCUCGAGAAGAUGCCUUUUGUACCAGGCACGCUCCCAUGGAUUCUGGAGGACAUUCACCACAUCAUGGACUUUGAGAAGGAUGGUGCGAAGCAAGCUAAGGCUUUCUAUCCGCGUGCUGACCAACACGAACUCCGCGAAGAGCUACUUGAUUCCAUGAAGAGAACCGUGUGGUACGAUCUUGUCAUCUCGACGCUCGGCAAACCGUUGAAAGCAGAUAUACUCGAGAGUCACGGUUUCUCUCUCUGCCAUAUAUGUGGACUUGAGCUAUAUGACGGCUUCUUCGAGCGAGAAAUGCUCUCCCGAAGCCUGCUCACGAGAUGCUGCAAGGGAUGCUCUCUGAUUGCGAUUCUGAACAUGGAGAACCACAACUUCUUGCAGCUCAAGAGUGAGGUAGCGCAGUCGUUGUUUGAGCGCGCCAAAACACCCCGAACGUACUUCCUGUUCGAGACCAAGCUUGGAGCAGAGGCCAUUGCGAAAAGUCGGGGCUUGGCGAAGCAGUCGCAGAACCGCUGCUUUGACAGAGCUCAGGAGAAGUACUGGUCGUAUCAUAAGGAGAUUCUGGAGGGGGAGCAGUACAGAGAGGACGUGGCUAUAUACGACUGCUGCAAUAAGCGCGAGACUUUGAAGAAUAUCGAGCGAUUGCAGAAGAGUCGCGACGUUCUCUAUACCCAGCUCGGAGGCCAGGUCAAGCCUGUUGUUGGUCGUGAACGAGCGGCCGACUGGAAUGUUCGGAAGCGGGAUUACUUACUCCAGCGACAAGUCGAGGAGGAUAAUCUGGUGAACCGGGGACCGCAUCCUGGACUUGGCAAAUAGUUGACCGGAUGAGCUCACCUCCUCACUUGUCUUCCCUCGUCCUUGAUUCUGGAUUUGACA